CCCAUUCACAGUCACAGUCACAAUAACAGUCACUCUUCUACCAACAGAGAGAGAGAGAGAGAGAGAGAGAGCGUUGACACAGUCUCUGAGGUUUUUUCAUUUCUCUCUUCUGCUUCUCUCUCUGUGUUUAGGGUUUUUCUCCUUUCGGUUUAUUCGACUUGCAGGAUAUGGAUUCUGGUGAGCCUAAUGGAAAAGAAGCAGAGGAUGCGUUGCCUCCUCCCCCUCCUGUUAUUCCAGCAAAUGUUGUUCCAAUUCGAGCAGAGCCAGACCAGACUCCUGAACCUGUUAAAAAGAAACCCUUGCGAGUACCAAUUGCUAGACGAGGCGUUGGAUCUAAAGGCCAAAAGAUACCUUUGGUCACUAAUCAUUUCAAAGUCAAUGUGUCAAAUUUGGAGGGUCACUUCUUCCAUUAUAGCGUUGCUCUUUUUUAUGAAGAUGGCCGUCCUGUUGAUGGAAAGGGUAUUGGUAGAAAAGUGAUUGAUAGGGUGCAUGUGACAUAUCAUAGUGAAUUGGACGGAAAGGACUUCGCUUAUGAUGGGGAAAAGAGUCUGUUUACAGUUGGGGCCCUUCCACGAAACAAACUUGAAUUCGUUGUUGUUCUUGAUGAGGUCUUGUCUAAUAGGAAUAAUGGAAACAGUAGCCCUGAUGGUUGUGGGAGUCCAAAUCACAGUGAUCGAAAGAGAUUACGUCGAGCAUUCCAUUCCAAAACAUACAAGGUGGAGAUUAGCUAUGCUGCCAAAAUUCCCAUGCAGGCCAUAGCAAGUGCUUUACGUGGUCAAGAAUCAGAAAAUUCCCAAGAAGCCCUGAGAGUUCUAGAUAUAAUAUUGAGACAGCAUGCUUCGAAGCAGGGAUGCCUUCUUGUUCGACAGUCUUUCUUUCACAAUAAUUCAAGAAAUUUUGCCGAAGUGGGAGGUGGUGUUCUUGGCUGCAAGGGUUUCCAUUCCAGUUUCAGGUCCACACAGGGUGGCUUGUCUUUGAACAUCGAUGUGUCUACCACCAUGAUCAUCCAGCCAGGGCCAGUGGUGGAUUUUUUAAUUGCCAACCAAAAUGUGAGAGACCCCUAUUCACUUGAUUGGGCAAAGGCUAAACGAGUGCUCAAGAAUUUGAGGAUCAAAACAAAUCCCACCAAUCAAGAGUUCAAGAUCACAGGGCUGAGUGAGAAACCAUGCCGGGAGCAAACGUUUACAUUGAAGCAAAAAAAUGGGAAGGAUGGGGACCCGGAAGAAUUGGAAGUGACCGUUUAUGAUUAUUUUGUUAACCAUCGCAAUAUACAGUUGAGCUAUUCUGCAGAUCUACCAUGUAUUAAUGUUGGGAAGCCAAAGCGUCCAACCUUUUUCCCUAUUGAGCUUUGUGAUUUGGUGUCUUUACAACGGUAUACAAAAGCCUUGUCCACUCUUCAAAGAGCUUCGCUGGUGGAGAAAUCAAGGCAGAAACCACAGGAGCGGAUGAGGACUUUGUCUGAUGCUCUGAAAACCAGUAAUUAUAGUGCUGAACCUUUGCUACGUUCAUGUGGUAUUUCAAUCAGUAAUAACUUCACUCAGGUUGAAGGUCGUGUUUUGGCUGCUCCUAGGUUGAAAGUAGGGAAUGGGGAGGAUUUCUUCCCUAGAAAUGGGCGGUGGAAUUUCAAUAACAAGAAAUUAGUGCAGCCAACUAGGAUUGAAAAGUGGGCUGUUGUUAACUUCUCUGCUCGUUGUGAUGUGCGAGGCCUUGUUCGUGAUCUCAUCAAAUGUGGAGAGAUGAAGGGGAUUAACAUAAGUGAUCCAUUUGAUGCAUUUGAAGAAAGUCCUCAAAAUAGACGUGCCCCUCCGAUGGUUAGGGUGGAAAGGAUGUUUGACGAAAUACAGUCAAAACUUCCUGGACAACCACAGUUCCUUCUAUGUUUGCUUCCAGAGAGAAAAAAUUCUGAACUUUAUGGCCCAUGGAAGAAAAAAAAUCUUUCAGAGUUUGGGAUUGUCACACAGUGCAUUGCUCCUACCAGGGUCAAUGACCAAUAUCUUACGAAUGUUCUUUUGAAGAUUAAUGCAAAGCUUGGUGGGUUAAAUUCAAUGUUGGCUGUUGAACUUGCUCCUUCCAUGCCUAUGGUUUCGAAGGUUCCCACAAUCAUCCUUGGAAUGGAUGUCUCUCAUGGUUCUCCUGGGCAGUCUGACAUACCUUCAAUUGCUGCAGUGGUCAGUUCCAGGCAGUGGCCAUUGAUUUCAAAAUAUAGGGCAUCUGUCCGUAGUCAGUCACCCAAGGUGGAAAUGAUUGAUUCACUGUUUAAACCGGUCUCUGAAACUGACGAUGAUGGUAUAAUGAGGGAGCUUCUACUUGAUUUUUAUACGAGUUCUGGGAAACGUAAACCUGAUCAGAUUAUCAUAUUCAGGGAUGGUGUCAGUGAGUCUCAGUUUAAUCAAGUUUUGAACAUUGAACUGGAUCAAAUCAAUGAGGCCUGCAAAUUUCUUGAUGCAAAUUGGUCACCCAAGUUUGUGGUGAUUAUUGCUCAGAAAAACCACCAUACAAAAUUCUUCCAGCCUGGGGCCCCUGAGAAUGUUCCACCUGGAACUGUCAUAGACAACAAAAUUUGUCAUCCACGGAACAAUGACUUCUAUCUCUGUGCACAUGCUGGAAUGAUUGGGACCACAAGGCCAACACAUUACCAUGUUCUACUUGAUGAUGUUGGUUUUUCAGCAGAUGAUCUACAGGAACUUGUGCAUUCUCUAUCUUAUGUGUAUCAGAGAAGCACAACUGCUAUUUCUGUUGUUGCCCCCAUAUGCUAUGCUCACUUAGCAGCCAGUCAGGUUGGACAGUUCAUGAAAUUUGAAGACAUGUCAGAUACAUCCUCAAGCCGUGGUGGGUUGACAUCUGCCGGAGCUCCUCCUGUCCCUCUACUGCCGAGGUUGAAGGACAACGUGUCCAGUUCCAUGUUUUUCUGUUGAGUCUCUGGUGGGCUCUUAGGUCUUAGUGUAUUUAGUUUCACUUUGAAGAUUGUGUAUAUAGUUUCCUAAAGUUUUUUGUUGUGGUAUCCAACCGCCACGGGUAGAUGUUUGAAACAUCUAUGAACUACAACAUGUUUUAGCAUAUUUUGGGGACGGGUACGUUAGUACAUGUUUGAAACGUCUAUGAACUUACGACAUGUUUAGUAUUUUGAGGACGGAUAGGGUAGCAUGUUGAUCGUUAGGCUGUCUUAACUGAUCUUCUGACCUGCAGUCUUUUGACCUAAUCAGGUUUUAAUAGGUUUCAAUAUUUUGCUUGUGCCUUCA